GAGCAGUUGAGCGAGCGCCCAAUCGUUCAGUUUCUUUCAGCUGGGAGGAAGUAAUCAGGGAAGUCACGGUAACCCGAACUAAUAACACCCCAUCUGGACCAGAAACAUGGCUUCAAAUAACGGCUCAGCCGGUAAAUGGGAGGUAGUGAAGAAAGGGAAGAAAAGUAAUAACAGCGCAGGAGGAGGUAAGAACGCGACUGAGAAGAAACCCGGGGGAAGGAAAGCCCUGGGCGAGUCUAACCAGCCAUCCAGAGAACCCCUGAAGAUGUCGGAGACACUCUAUGACGGCUUUGAGAAGAUGGGAAAGAAACAGAACAAGGAGCAGGUUCCUCCACCAGCCGAGACUGAAAGUAAAAAGCCCUCAAGUAAACCAUCCAAGAAAUCACAAUCUAGCAGUACUGUCGCCCCCGCAACUCACAAGACUCUCGAGGAAGCCUUCAAAGCUUUGGAUGUUGGGGAUCUGAAGCAGCAGUUGGCUCACAGUCAGACCCUGUUCCCAGAAAACCCAUCAGUGUGGGUCAAAGACCUGGCAGGAUACCUCAACCUCAAUCUGACUGCACCAGAGGCUGAGCCCACACUCAGCAGCUAUGCUCACGAUUACCCAUACUGCCUUACAGGAAAAGAGCUGAAGGGCGUGAUCAAAGGCCUCAUCGGACGUUGUAGUGACAUACUGCCAGAUUUCUUCGACCACUGUGUUUAUACUAUGCUCAGGGAGCUGGACAGGCAGUCAGGAGAACCUCUGCAUGGCUACAGAGUUUGCAUUCAGGCUAUCCUACAGGACAAACCCAAAAUAGCCACCCAAAACCUGCCAGAGUAUUUGGAGUUGUUGCGGUCGGUUCAGAAUCGUCCAGUGAAGUGUCUGACCAUCAUGUGGGCUCUAGGCCAGGCUGGAUUUUAUGACCUCAGCCAGGGACUAAAAGUGUGGCUGGGUAUCAUGCUUCCUGUGCUGGGAGUGAAGUCCUUGUCUUCGUAUGCCAUUGCAUAUCUGGAGAGACUUCUCCUACUUCAUGCAAAUCUGACAAAGGGAUUUGGCAUCAUGGGUCCUAAAGAGUUCUUUCCUUUACUGGAUUUUGCCUUCAUGCCCAAGAAUGCCCUGUCACCAAGUCUGCAGGAGCAGCUGAGGCGUCUGUACCCUCGACUGAAGGCACUCGCAUUUGGAGCCAAACCAGAGACCACCUUACACACAUACCUGCCAUCAUUUCUAUCAAGAGCCACGCCGCACUGUCCAGAUGAUAUGAAGAGAGAGCUGCUCAGCAGUAUGACGGAGUGUUUGUGUGUGGAUGUACAGAGUCUAGGAGUGUGGAGGCAGCUCUAUACCAAACACUUACCCCAGUCCAGUCUGCUGUUGAACCAUUUAUUAAAGUCGUGGAAUAUCCUGCCACCAAAGCUCCAAAAGAACCUUGAAGAAACUAUCCAGUCUUUUAAAGUGACCAAUGAGGAGAUGAGAGACUCUGUUGAAUCUCAGGAACUUCAGGAGUGCAAUAGCCUGUGCCAGAAUCUGCAGGUAAAGAUGCGUGGUCAUGGUUUCCCCUGGUCCAAACUGCUCAUGGUCCUGCUCGUGUUUGCUGCCGGAUUCAUUGCUCAUGACAUCAGAUCCCACGGCUCCUUCGCAGAUUCCACCACAGCCAAGUAUCUGCGCAACUCAGGGGUCACAGCCGUAUCUCAGCAGGCCUGGGGCAAAACAACAGUCUACUCCAAACAGGGUAUCAGCUGGUUGGAGACAAACACUCCUCAUUAUUACUCUGAAUGCGUGCGGGUUUUGGGGCCACUAAUGGAACAAGGUUUGGAAAAGACAAAAUCAGCAGCCAUCUUCAUCUCUGAAAACACAGCACAGUUUAUUCUCUGGGUCAAAGAAAAGACGCCACAGGCCAUAGAAUGGGUGAACAGCAAUACACCAGACAGUGUGUUCGAGAUGUUGGAGUAUUUAAAGGAGCUCCUCCUCUUCCUCUAUCAGAACUACAUUCUGCCAGCACUGGCGUACAUAUCUGACCUGCUACAACGAGCAUGGACCAACCUACAGGAGUCCUGCAACGGUGAGGUGUCAGUAUCAUGUCUGCAGGGCCACGCUUUGUCCUUCACCAACUCAACGUGGCAGCUGCUUCAACACACAACCUCGGCCAUCAAGACGUGGGCUCAGGAGCUGCUGAGACGAGCGUGAUCACAGAUGCUGACUAAUUUACAUACACAUGAAGUUACACACACAUAUAUAUACACACUCACACUGACCCAACCUGAGGCUGCCUUUCAGUGCACCGACUCCCCUCUAAAGUCGUGAUUGGACACUGGGGUCAGACGAACAAACUCUCACUCAAAAGGACCCUUCUAUCUCUUGUUUUGGCAAAAUUUUUAAAUCAGUUUGCUCUUGUAUAGAUGUUUUUUUUUUUUUUCUACCAAUCCUUUUUGUCACUACUGGGCGCAGAGGACCUGUCUCUCUUUCUCUCUGAGUUUUCUACUGCAAAUUUCAGCUAUUGCUUUAACCUUUGGGUUAAACAAAAUGUGUAAUUUAUAGAAAAUCUAUGUUUGUAGAUGAUUUAUAAACUGUUUUUAUUUAAAGAUGUAAAAAAAAAAAGUGUUAUGAAACUUAAAAGGGCAGUGAAAAGACCAAAAAAAAAGGUAUUCCAGACUUUUCCAAGCCACUGAAAGCUUCAUCUGCUAAGGGGGCCGCUACAUCUCCCAGGCUUGGUCCAGCUCACUAUGAAGUCGGAUCAGUUGCAAUAUGGUCGUGUGUUUAUGUCAGCCUCAGUAAAGCCUUCAGCAGACCUGAAUAGCUGUCCAGUGAGCAGCUCACACUGUAAAAGCCUUCAUCAGGAAAGAUGUGGUGGGAAAAGACUCUUUCAGAAGAUUUGGUGUGGACCGAACGGGACACGAGGAAUCUCACAUCAGUCCAGAAGAAGAAAUCUACCUGCUGUCUCGUCUGUCCUGCACAUCUCCUCGUCUUGUCUUUUCUGCUUCAUCAUUUGUCUGUUCCUCGUGUUUUUUCAUUUGCCAUCAAUAGCUCAACAUGAGCCAAAAGCAGUACUCGUAUGUGAAGGCUGGUAGCAUUCUUUAUUGUUUGUGUGCGUGCCUGCGUGGAUCAACAAGCUUACUGUCAAUAACGGGAUCGUGAUUAACCCCGUUUAAUAAAAUAAAAAACCUCUCCUCUGGGCAAGCCAAACCUUUCUGACCAGCUGAUUCACUAAUCCCUCCUUGUAAACAAGAUCUUUGGGUGGAAAUGGCAAUGACUGAUGUCUUACUUUGUAAUGUGAGUGAUUUAUAAUAAAGAUUUAACCCUG